CAUUCUCCACCACCAAGGGAAUAGACCAUUUGGACACAUCUGUGACCAAGAGAGGAAGACGACACAGUAGAACAGAUACCAAACAAAGUCCUGCCUCCUUAGUCAAAGGUCUUAAAGAUGACUUUUACAAGCCCUUUCCCAAAUGCCACAGAAUAUAACUAUGUGUAUGAUGAAGGCACCUCUCCUUGCAGUGAAGGCAAUGGUUUCCACAGGUUUAAAUCACUGUUUCUUCCAAUAGUUUACUGCCUGGUGUUUGUCUUCUGCCUGGUGGGAAAUGCCUUGCUCAUAUGUGUACUUUUGACCAGGAAGAAAGUCACCACUAUGACCGACGUGUGCUUGCUCAACCUUGCAAUCUCUGACCUGCUUUUUGUUGUCCCCCUCCCAUUUCAAGCUCACUAUGCUUCAGAAGAAUGGAUUUUCGGAAAUGCAGUGUGUAAAAUGAUAGCUGGCAUUUAUUACAUAGGCUUUUACAGUAGCAUUUUCUUUAUAACCCUCAUGAGCAUAGACAGGUACAUAGCAAUCGUUCAUGCUGUCUAUGGGAUGAGAGUUCGAACAGCAACCUGUGGCAUAAUUAUAAGCCUACUCCUGUGGAUGACUGCUGGUUUGGCUGCCUUACCAAAUAUGGUAUUUAACCAAGAAGUGAAAAUUGAACAAUCUCUCGAGUGUGUCCCCAGAUAUCCUCCAGGCCAAGAGACCUGGCGAUUUUUCACUCAGUUUGAAGUCAACAUCUUGGGCCUUUUGAUCCCAUUCAGCAUCCUCAUUUACUGCUACUCCCACAUCCUAAAAAAUCUGCAGAGCUGCAAAAACCGGAACAAGAUCAAAGCCAUCAAGCUGAUUUUCAUCAUUGUGGUCAUCUUUUUCCUUUUCUGGGCUCCCUUCAACAUUGUGCUUUUUCUAGACUCUCUGCAGAACUUGCACAUCAUCAAUGACUGCAAGACAAGCCAAAGGCUUGUGCUGGCCCUGCAGCUGACCGAAUCAAUCUCCUUCAUCCACUGCUGCCUGAACCCAGUGAUCUAUGCUUUUGCUGGUGAGAUGUUUAAAGCUCACCUUAAAAAAAUAUUCCAAAACUGCAUCCGUCGCAUUUUUAGUAGCAAUUCAGCCAAUAAUUCUCACUCCUUCCCCACUCAAGUAUUAGGCUAUUCUGAUAGUGACAGAGUUCUGUAAGCUUUCCCACUCCCUGCCCAGGCAUACAUUCUAACUGCAUUCAUUUAAAUACAGUGAUUGCCCUAUAAAAAAAUCCAUCUACCCACAUGCAGAGAUCCUAUCUAGAAACCCACAGAUCAGCAGAACAUGCCAUUGCCAACAUGAUCUGACACCUUAGCGGACAAUGGAAGCCUGCAGUGAAUGAAGAGGACAUAGAAUUGCAGGACUCAUAAUGUAAAUAUUUCCAUAAUACUAUGUA